GAGAGACAGUGGGGCGCCUGGAAACCGGUCUGAACAGAGCUGAAGGAUUGACACAAAUGGUCGGACUGCGAGAGGUGCGGGGUGUUGCAUCUCUGCUGGUCUGUUUUAUUUCAGCUAUCUGCACGAAACUGUCGGCUCGCUGGAUACUUCAACCCAGGGACCCGGCGAAGGUGCAGCUGUUGUGACUCGGAAAGUUUGCCUUGGGGAUAUCUGCAACAGGAAAGAGUCAACCAAAGGAGCGGAGAAGUAGUUUUGUUGUAAAGACACGCGAAGAAGAGUAUGGCCGGGAGUAAUUGCUUCCUAAUGGAUUUGAGCAGAGUAAGUCGGCUGCUGUUGCCGAUGUUUUCUUUUCUGGUGGCGGGACUUUGGGGGGUCAAUGGACAGUACGGCGAGAGAGGCAUGUCGAUCCCAGAGCACGGGUUUUGCCAGACGAUCACUAUCCCACUUUGUACGGAUAUCGCCUACAACGAGACCAUCAUGCCUAAUUUACUGGGGCACACGAACCAAGAAGACGCUGGGCUGGAGGUGCACCAGUUCUACCCGCUUGUAAAAGUUCAGUGUUCUCCCGACCUGAAGUUCUUCCUGUGCUCCAUGUACGCCCCGGUGUGCACGGUGCUGGAGCAGGCUCUCCCUCCGUGUCGCUCGCUGUGCGAGAGAGCCAGGCAGGGCUGUGAAGCCCUGAUGAACAAAUUCGGCUUCCAGUGGCCGGACAGCCUGGCGUGCGAAUCCUUCCCCGUCCACGGCGCUGGCGAGUUGUGCGUGGGACAGAACAUGUCCGACAAGAGCACUCCUAUGAACCCCACGCCCGCCGUGACUGAAGAGCCCCCCAACGAGCACCGCCACCCGCCGAAACAUUUUACCUGCCCGAAAGCCCUGCAGGUCCCCCCUUAUCUGAACUACCACUUCCUGGGGGAAGACGACUGUGGCGCUCCUUGUGAGCCGUUAAAAUCUAAUGGGAUGAUGUACUUCAGUCAGGAGGAGCUGAAAUUUGCCAGGAUCUGGAUUGGCAUCUGGUCUGUUUUGUGCUGCGCCUCCACGUUGUUUACGGUUCUGACCUAUUUAGUGGACAUGAAGAGGUUCAGUUACCCGGAGCGCCCCAUCAUUUUCCUGUCUGGCUGUUACACGAUGGUGGCCAUUGCCUACAUCGCCGGGUUUUUGCUGGAGGACAAGGUGGUUUGUAAUGACAAGUUCGACGAUAGCUACAGAACUGUAGUCCAGGGCACCAAAAAGGAGGGGUGCACUAUCUUGUUCAUGAUGCUGUACUUCUUCAGCAUGGCCAGCUCCAUCUGGUGGGUUAUCCUGGCCUUGACGUGGUUCUUGGCCGCAGGGAUGAAGUGGGGGCAUGAGGCCAUCGAAGCCAAUUCCCAGUAUUUUCACCUGGCGGCCUGGGCGGUGCCAGCUAUCAAAACCAUCACGAUCUUGGCGGUGGGGCAGGUGGACGGGGACGUCCUGAGUGGGGUUUGCUUUGUGGGGAUCAACAAUGUGGAUGCCCUGCGCGGAUUUGUCCUGGCACCCCUCUUUGUCUACCUUUUCAUCGGCACCUCCUUCCUUCUCGCGGGGUUCGUGUCCCUCUUUCGAAUCCGGACGAUAAUGAAGCACGACGGCACCAAGACGGAGAAGCUGGAGAAGCUGAUGGUCAGAAUAGGCAUCUUUAGUGUCCUCUACACUGUCCCUGCCACCAUUGUCAUUGCCUGCUAUUUCUACGAGCAAGCUUUCAGAGAACAGUGGGAGCAAAGCUGGGUCAGUCAGACAUGCAAGACCUAUGCUAUACCCUGCCCUUCAUACCAUCAUCCACAGAUGACCCCUGACUUCACAGUUUUCAUGAUUAAGUAUCUCAUGACUUUGAUUGUGGGCAUUACUUCAGGAUUCUGGAUUUGGUCUGGUAAAACCCUUAAUUCCUGGAGGAAAUUUUACACGAGGCUGGCAAACAGCAAGCAAGGGGAAACUACAGUGUGAAAUCGUUGGGACAGUGUUAACUCCUGCGUGUUUUGUAACGAACUGAAGAAUAGCUUUUCUUAUCGGGAGAUGUGACAGACACUCUUUGAUAUAUUAUAAAAUUUUGAUGUACAUAGCUUUUGUGAGAUUUUUGUAAGUAUAUAUUUGUAUUUAAAAAAAAAAA